UUUUUUUUCUCUUUUGGUUGAAAAAGUAUCAGGUUAGGGAGAAUUACACAAGAGAUUACUGAAUCAUAACGCAUUUAAAGAUUAUUAGUGUGUCUAGUUCUAUUGGUCACUAGAAGUUCUGCAUAAGACCAGAAGCAUCUUCUGGAAUGGAGCCAAACUCGCCUACUAUACAUAUAACAGUGUGCCAAAUUCAAAGCCGAGUCUUUAUCAGCUCCUGAAAAGAUUUCUGGAAUGGAUCCAAAUAUUCGCCUACUAAUUACCAAAAAGAUUACCUCAUAACCAGAAGCUUUAUUGAAGUUGCUGACAUUAGCUGCCAAAAUGAAUGCAGAUAUAUUUAGAGAGAAUACACUCGGUGCAAGUGCAUAGCAAUUUCCUCUUUCACAUUAUAAGAGAGAAAGUAAUCCUGAAUUUCACUUCUUUCAACUCUACAACUCUGCAACAGGCACUGCUGCCCGUAGGGCAUAACUCCAAACAUCAUCUGAUCUCUUAGAAAUGAAGCAAAGUAUUGAAGCAACCAUCAUUCAUUCUCCAACCAACUUGUCUAUAGUACAUGCCAAUUUUAACUCAAUAGUGUUGGGAUCAUCAAAUACCUUUCACCAAACUUGUUCACCAAGUGAUUCACAAACUAUGCGUCAGUAGUCAGUACACAGCUCCUAAACGAAUUCUCGGUAUGCGCAUACAUAUGUAAAGUUCAUACUUCUCGGUAUGAGCACGCAUAUAUAAGUUUGUAGCCAAAUUGCCAAGUUCGAUGGGAAUUUUUUGGUAUACCAAAUUGCAAACUUCCAUUUGAAGUACUUGGUAUUCUUUUGUUUGUGUGUGUGUAUACCUAUUAUAAGGUAUUUUUCAUUCAUCCCAUCUUUUGUGAGAUUAGAGUGAAAAGUUUGUACUUUGCAUUUGCAGAACUCUGAAUAUUUCUUGGAAUGGAAGCUUUCAAGCCUGGGUUGGAAAUAUGUUCAUCAACUACGGAGCUUUCGAGAUUCGAUGGUGCAAGCACUAGUGAGCAAGCAAUGAAUAGGAUCAAAAUUGAAAGAGCAUCGUAUCAGUGCAACUUAGAGAUUGAGUCAAGGACCAAGGGUGCUGAAAUGGCUGCGAACAAGUCGCUGAUACUUGGUUUUUCAAGCAGUCAGGUGAACCUUUCUUGCAAGGGUAAAGCUGUACUGUGCUCCUCUAAUGAAAUCGAAGAACUAAAUGAGAGAAUGAGGAUUCUUGAAGAAGAAACUGAAAGUAUGAAGCAAGAAUUAUUUGAGGGCGCAGAAGAAAGAAGGAAGUUGAUAAAUGAGAUAUAUCAGCAGUUUCAAAUUUUAACAAGAGAACUCAAGUUUAAUGAUGGAAGUAGAAGUGAGACCUCCUCACAGGACAAGACAGCAGGAUCAGAUUUAUCGGAUGAUUUACGACAAGAUCUAGCUCAUACUUUGUCAGUGCUGUUGUUAACACAAUGAAUAUCAGUAUCCUUUUUUUUUUUGGGUGGAGGGUUGGGGGGGGUGUGGUUUGCUUUUGUAAUCCUUUGUUCUGCUCUGAUUUAUAGAUUGCUAGAGAAAAAAAGUUAAAAAACAAUGUAAUUGUAUUUGUAACAACCAUGUUUGAAGAAUUCGUCUU